AGGGAUAUAUUUUACCCGGUUUUAAAGUUUAGAGAUGAAAAUUAGACUUUUGCGAAAGUUGAGGGACGUAAAGUGGACUUCUUCCUUUUCCCAUACAUACCACUUAGCUGACCUGGGCCUAACUAACAGUAUCUGAUGAACGACACUGGCCCAUCAGGCCCACUACUAUGCUGAACCCGUCCCGUCUCCUCCCACGCCGCAACCCGUCUCCGUCUUCCUUCCGGCGUAAGCUGGUGAACGAAUGAUGGUUUCGCCGAGCAAUUAAGCGGCAACCUCCACUUCUUCCUCGGUUCCUCCCCCCACUCUUUUGGGUUUCCCUCCCACACAAACCCCCAAAAGGGCAAAACCCCAUCCCUCUCCUCCCCGAUCGCAGGCCGAUCGGCGGCGAUGGAGCGGAUCAAAAUCAAAAUCGAUUGGGAGGAGGUCUUUCGCGGCUCACCGUCCCGCGACCUCGACGCCGAAGUCUGCUUCGCCUCCCCCUCGUCGGCGCCGCGCGCCUCCGGGGCGAAGGCGGCGACGAAGGCGCGGGCGUUGGGCGUCGCGAGGGCGUUAUCGGGCGACGAGCGGAGGCGGGGGUCCCCAGACAGCAGCAGCCACCGGAGGACGUUCCGGACGCGCCGCGACGAUGUCGGCUGGUGCGUGGCCGAGCGCCGCACCGCCGCGAACGUGGAUGUUGGGGCGCGCCGACCAGUGACCCGCGCGGCCGCCAAGGCUGCUGGUGGUCGGGAACAGGAUGCUCAUUCCACUUCUAAGGAUGUGUUUGCUUUCAGCCUGGAAGAUGAGCAGGUGGGACAUGAGGGCAACAGGUUCCUUUCAAGGUCACCUCCCAUUCAGAAAACUAAAUAUUGCCAGUUACCUUUGAAUACACUGAAAAGCCAAGGGCGUGCGGGGAAAAGGAAUCCUAUAUCGGUGGAUAAGAUGUACUCGAGCCAACCAAGCUCCACAUCUUUAUCUGCAAAGAGGACUCAUGCCAUUGAUCCAGAGGUGUCUGACCAUGAAAAAUGUCAGAAGGUUCAGAGUGUCCUCCCCAGAAGAUUCUCUAAGAGGAGGAAGGAACAGCUUCAGAAUUCAUCUUCCGUUUAUUCUCGAAAGGUUCAAGAUGUGGUUCUAUUGGAUGACGAAGAUAUGAAACCUGAGGAAGAAGUAAACUGUGAGAUUUCUGACAGACGGAAUGAACCGAAGAUCUACUACCCAUCAAGAGAUAAUAGAGAAUCUGUGGAGCUCACCAGAUCUGAUAUUAAAUGUCUUGAUCCUGGAGUAUAUUUGUCGUCACCGGUGAUAAACUUCUACAUCCAGUACAUCAAAAGGAACAGAUUGUGCACUGAAGAUUUGAGAGACAAAUUCUACAUAUUUAACACGUAUUUUUAUGGAAAGCUUGAAGAAGCAUUGUAUUGUCCGGAUAAGUUCUCAAAGUUGAGAAGAUGGUGGAAAGGUGUCAAUAUAUUAAAUAAAGCAUACAUCAUCUUGCCGAUCCAUGGGACGGCGCACUGGAGCUUGGUAAUCAUUUGCAUUCCUGCAAAAGAGAGUAUUUCAGGACCAAUCAUACUUCAUCUGGACUCCCUAGCGAUGCAUCCCAGUACUAAGAUCUUGAAGACAGUUGAGAGAUAUCUUGAAAAAGAAUGGCGCCAAUUAUCAUCAAAUUUAGGGACAACAUGGGAGGAUCUGAAAAGUAAUAUACACAAGGAAAGCGUCGAGGUUCCGCGGCAGAAUAAUGAGUACGACUGUGGCAUCUUCAUGCUUUAUUAUAUUGAACGGUUUAUAGAAGAGGCACCAGAAAGAUUCACAAAUGAUAAACUUGAUAUGUUUGGCCGGAGUUGGUUCAAACCUGAAGAAGCAUCUGAUCUAAGGCAGAGAAUAAGAGAGCUACUGCUGGAAGAAUUUGAAAGUGCCAAGCUGGAUGAUGCUUUAUCAGGAGCAGAUGCAUCUGAUCCCGAUGACAGCGCAAAGGAUGGAGAACUGAAACCAGAUGCACCUUCUGACAGUUCAGAAAUGGUCGUAGAGGUAGGAGGGUUGGGAAGCACUGUCAAGAGCAAUGAAGGCAUCAAGGUUGUAGCAUCAGAAGAGGCAAGUGGAGAGUCAGGAGAUGCUGGUAAGAGUACUGAAGGCAUUGUUGCAACAUCAGAAGAAAAGAGUAUUGAAGGCAUCAACGUUGCAGAAUCAGAUGAAGCAUGUAGGGAGUUUGGAGAGACCAGUAAGACCAACAAAGGCACCAGGGUUGCAGUGUCAGAAGGAGCAAGUGUGUCUGGAUACACUGAUAAGAGUAUGGAAGACAUCUCGGACUCUGAUGUUGCAGUGUUAGACGAAGCUCCAACUAGCAGCUACAAACACAAAAGGAAGACCACAAGUGGAGAGUCCGUGGAUGCUGGUAAGAAUAUUAAAGGCAUCAAUGCUGCAGAACCAGAAGAAGCAAGUGAAGGGUCUAGAGAUGCUGGUAAGACUAUAGGAGGCAUCAAUGUUUCCAAAUCAGAUGAAGCAAGUGGGGAGUUUGGAGAAGCUGGUAAAACUAACAAAGGCAACAAGGUUGCAGUGUCAGAAGGAGCAAGUGCAGAGUCUGGAUACGUCAAUAAGAUUAUGGAAGACAUCUCUGACUCUGAGGUUGCAGUAUCAGACAAAGCUUCAACUGGCAGCUACAAACGCGAAAAGAAGGCCACAGCCUGUGUUCUAUCAGAAGCAGCUUCAUUUUCGGAUAGCGUCAAAGACGAAGAAGGUACGGUAAAAGCAGAUUCUGGCAGCUCAAAAGCUGAGAAAGAAGGUGAUUUGAUUGUAAUCGAAUCGCCGGAAAGAUCGGAGGGGAAUGAUGAGAUCAUUGGUCGCUCGCGAAUUCCAGAUGUAGUUUGUGACAGCUGCGACAGUGACACAGAUGCCACGGUGAGGAUUGUAGGAGUUCGCAAACGGAAUUUUUUGCCAUCGUAUGGUUGCAGUAAUCGACACAAGGGUCCAUGCACCGUGCCUCUGUUGGAUUCUCAGGAAGAUGGGAAAUGGUGACAGAUUUUGGUAUCCCUGAUCUCGGGCACUUGGCUCCUGUCCUGGAAAGCAGUUUUUGGGUAGGCAGUCCAUGGGCAUGGGCACGAGACUUGUAAAGUGUACAGGUUAAAUGGCUAACAAUGUAGAGAGUAACCAGGGUGGACGACUGGACGUUAUCACGUUCGGUGUUUAGAUUAGAAGAUCUGUGGACACCUGCCAGUGGUGCAUAUAUAUUCCUAAAAUUUGAGAUAAGCUUUAUAUGCAUGUAAUAAGGUCGUGCGUAUUCCUUUUGCUCUUUUAAGCAAGGCAGCAAGCCAACAUAUGCUUGAGUUGCCAAGCAUGCAUCUUUAUUCUUCUCCAGCUCUGA